GGCGCGGGUUUCAGACAGUCGAGCAGUGCAGUUCGGAGGGGUGCUUAGUGCGUGCGCGUUUUCUCUCUCUGGCGGCAGCUGGUGUUUUUGUGUGUGUGUCGGGCCCUCUCCCUCAGCAUUUGCCAUGAGGCCGAACGAGGUGGCGGAGGCGCGGCUGGAGGCGCUGAAGCGGGCGGCGUGCGAGAGCGUGGAGGCGUCGUCGGGUCGCCUGGCGGGACUGAGCCGGGAGCUGUGGAGCCGGCCGGAGCUGGCCUACCAAGAGCGCCAGGCCCACGCCGCCCUGGCCCGCUUCUUCGAGGGCGACUCUGGCUGGGCCGUGCAGCGCAGCUACAAGCUGGAGACGGCCUUCCGGGCAGACUGGCGCUGGGAAGACCAGGCGGAGGGGCAGGAAGAGGGGCAGGAGGCCUCCCGCCCGGCGGCCCCAGGGCUGCGGCUGGGCUUCCUGUGCGAGUACGACGCCCUCCCGGGCCUGGGCCACGCCUGCGGGCACAACCUCAUCGCCGAGGUGGGUGCCGGGGCCGCCCUGGGACUCCGCGCCGCCCUCCAGAGCUUUCCCCGCCCGCCCGGGCCCCGCCACCCUCUCCCCGCCGUCCAGAUUACGGUGCUGGGCACUCCUGCUGAGGAAGAUGGAGGAGGCAAAAUAGACUUAAUUAAAGCCGGCGCAUUUGAUGGACUAGAUGUGGUAUUCAUGGCUCAUCCCUCCCAAGAAGAUGCAGCAUAUUUGCCAGAUGUAGCAGAACAUGAUGUGACUGUGAAAUACUAUGGAAAAGCUUCUCAUGCUGCUGCUUACCCUUGGGAAGGAGUAAAUGCAUUAGAUGCUGCUGUUCUUGCAUACAACAAUCUGUCAGUUUUAAGACAGCAAAUGAAACCAACAUGGAGAGUUCAUGGUGUAAUAAAGAAUGGAGGUGUGAAACCUAAUAUCAUCCCUUCAUAUGCUGAAUUAGAAUUUUAUUUGCGUGCUCCUUCAUUGAGGGAGCUCUCUAUCCUGACAGAAAAAGCAGAGAACUGUUUUAGAGCUGCAGCUCUGGCUACAGGGUGUGAAGUGGAAUUAAAAGGUGGUGCAAAUGACUACUACAAUGUGCUUCCUAACAAAAGCCUGGAGAAGGCUUAUGUAGAGAAUGGCAAGAAGCUUGGCAUGGAUUUCAUCCCAGAUGAUAAUGUUAACGGACUGUCAGGUUCUACUGACUUUGGAAAUGUCUCCUUUGUGGUUCCUGGGAUUCAUCCUUAUUUUUACAUUGGCUCUGAUGCUCUAAACCAUACUGAGCAGUAUACAGCAGCUGCAGGGUCAGAAGAAGCUCAAUUCUAUGCUUUGCGGACAGCAAAAGCACUAGCUAUGACUGCAUUAGAUGUUAUUUUCAAGCCAGAUCUGUUGGAAAAAGUCAGAGAAGAUUUCAGAAUGGUGAAACUGAAAGAGGAAGCCCUUCUACAUAUCCCUGAACAUGGCAAAGGACCUGUCCUUGGCAUUGGAGCAGCAUGUGCAUCACAUUGAAAUAGUGCCACGGGUUACAAAUUUAAAAUCACAAGAAACUCUACAAUCGAUCUGUGUGAAUUGAAUGUUUAAUAGCUGUAGAGAUGCUGACAUUUUGAAUGGUGCAACUGAAAACCUCAAUGCACUUUUGCAAAUUUUUCUUGAUCUGAUGUCAUCUAGCUAUCUUAAUUUGGCAGACAAAAUUACAUGAUUAUCUAAUGACUGAAAAUGUGCUCAAUGUCUUAGCUUUGCAGACUUUUUUGAGCUGACUUUUAUAUUACUAGUGUGAUAGUUUGAAAGGAAUUGAACUACCUUCAUAGUAAUUGCGCUCUUGCCAAGAAAUAGUGAGAAGUGUUGCAUAUUUCAUUUAGGAUUUGCAAAACCAAAUGCAAUCAAUCAAGAAAAUGUAAUUCUGCCUGCUAAAUCUGUAUGCAUUUGAAAUGCUUUGCAAAGAAGGAUACCAAAGGUUCAGUGGUGUUUGCAAAAUGUACCUAGACCACCUUUAUACUGAUGGCUUGCACUUUGUUCUUAACAUUCUUGCCAGUGUUUCUUGUUCUUACAUUCAUUUUCAAGCAUACUUUGGAUCAAACAUUUCUGAAAGACUAUCCUUUGUAAUUGAUUUUGCACAUAUUAAUAAGCUCUUGAGUCCUUGUUCUGCACAAUUUUAACUAUAUUUAUGGCUUAGUAGUUUUGCAUAUACAUAUAAUCCAGAGGAAAUCAACAUGUAUAUAAGGGGAUAAGCAACCAUAGCUCUUAAACUGAAAUAAAUUCUUUCAUGGAAAAAAGUAAGAAAAUUAGUAGAUCAGCUCUAGGAGAAACUGAAGGAGUAGGUGCAAAUCAUUUCUUACUGUGUGUUGUAAGGAAAAAUAUUUACAGAGCAGUUGGUAUUCUAGACAUUUUAUUACUAAACGAUUGCCUAGACAGGUUUUCAGCAAAAAGGUAUCUAGAAUCUACAUUCCAUUCAAGUCACUACCAAAACUUGAUUUAAAUGGAUAUAUUAUACACUUUUUAUGUAGAUAAAGCAUUGUAGCAAGUUUAACAGGACUUAAUGUAUUUGCAUUUCUGACUGAAGCCCUUAUGUUCACUUACACUAAUAUAUAUAUAUAUUGACAGAGAGCAACAUUUCUGUAUAUCAUCUCUAGUAACUGUCCAGAAAAUUUCAUGUUGAACUAUUUUGCAGCACUUUCACACGAAAAACUUUUUUACUUUCCCACUGUUGUUUAUCUAAACACUGUGCUGUUUUGAUUUGUGUGAAAGCAGAAAUCACGCACAAGUAAAUAGCAGUGAGAGUUUAAUGUAUAUAACUGAAAGGAAAUUAUCAGUAGUAUUUUGCUCUUUUGCCUUCUUACCAGCAAAUGAAGGGGGAUUUUGAAAGGUUGCUUUCAUAGAAGUACGGGCAGGAAUAGGAAUUCAUCCAGUGUCCAUAUUGGCAAGACCAGAGCCACAUAAAACUCUAGUUAAGGUUCCUGAUUAAUUGCAUUAAUGCUAAUUAUUAUUCAUGAUAGCAUUCAUAGCAAAGGCGAAUUAAGAGUGAAAUCCAGUGUCUGUCUCACUUCAAGUGGACCCAUUGAACUCAAUUGAAUUUGUUGUCUGGUUUUAUUGAAUCAGCUCUGGACCAAGAUUUCCUCGCAAAUACUUUGUUGAUGGUGAGUAGAGGAAUUCUGCUUAGAUGAUCUAGGUAUGCAAUCUGCUGCAUAAGCAAGGUAUGAGGAAGCUAAUAAAGUGUUCUUUUUUUACUUCCUGUGUAAUGCUAUCUCAGGCAGGAUUCUUCUAGCUUUGCAAAGCAUUAGAAUUGCCAACAAAGGCAGAAAAAAAAUGGCCCAUUGGAUCUACAUUGUAUUAAAAGCAGUAAUUCAAGAGAGAAGAAAGCUCCUUAGUCAGUUGUUGCUUUCCUGGAAGCUUGUCACAGACUGGCAUCUGAUGGCUUGUGGCCCAACUCUUUGACUAGCACCGCCUUCAUUGAAAAAUUCUGAAUCAUAUUAUCCCCAUUAUUUUGUUUAUUUUAUUCUUUAACGGUUACCUAGUUUUGGAAGAGGAUUUGGCAAAUUCUUGAGUAAUAUCUCCUUACAUGCGUGAACUGGAAAGUAAAAUAAUUUAGUGUGAAUUUCUGUAAUUGGAUUUGGACAGACUUAUCUCUUAGUAAGACAAUUUUAAAUAACAUUUAUAUUUUUUGGUGGUUGAAUAUAUUUGGAAAUGCUUGAUGAUUAUUUGACUAGUCAAAAGUCUUGGAUCUUGCAGUUGUCGUAGGAGUACAAAAAUACCUCUUUUCUUUGCACAAUACAGUAAGUAAAACACAUUAAAACAAUCAUGCUGGAAGGGAGGUUUUCCUGUUAAACAUGGUAGUUGGAUGGAGCAUUUAUUUGGAUAAGAGUUUCCAAGUGUCUCUGGUGUGAGCCAGAGGUAAUUUUCAAGGUAAUUCAGUCUUGGAAAUACCCCUUAUUUGUAGAAGAAUAGAUAAUAUUUGAUUGCUUUUGUUGGCUCAGUGUGAGUUUUCUGCUGAGGCAAAAGAGAACACAUUCUGAAAUAAAAAAGUUUAUAAUUUCAGAAGGUGUCUGAUAAUAGUUCACAUUUUAAUCACAUUCAGUCUUCACAGCGUUCUGUCCUCAGCCUUUCCAUCCUGUUAGUCAUUCAGUGAUGUUAUUACUCCAGUAUUGAUAUUUUUGCAAAGGAAGCCAUAGGUUGUAUCAGAUACUUUAUAUUAAAUAAAAGUUGGAGGGUGCCACUUUAGUCCACUUCAGUUUUGUUCACAGUGCCUCUUUAUUGCAUGUAUUUAUUGCAUGUAUACAACCCCAACCUCCUCCAUAUCAUAAGGAUGGUUUUGCCUCUACUGAGCCACAUAUUAGACAGGAGCGCUCUUGUGCCAUUUGUGUAUAUUGUAUAUACUGUGAAGUCUGAAUUUUAGAAUAUUGCUGUAAUGUGAAUGGACAAGGAUCAUUGACAAGUUUAAUGCAAAUUCACAGUCAAAAGAGUUUUUGUUGAUUCAAGGACACUGGAAAACAUUUCUACAAUAUUACUCUGAGUUGCAAGGCUAUUGCAGAAUGUGUAUGCGCUUUUUUACAUCUUGGCUACUUUUGCUUUACAAAAUUCUGUAUGCUCUUGAAUCUGUUAUUUUCAAAGAGAGAUAUCUUCAGGUUAUCUUCAAAGAAAAUUAUUGUCAAAGAAAAAGUAAACUGUAUAGCUUGAUGGUAAUUCACUUGAAAAAAUGGAAUGGCUGAAGUACACAAAUACAUGUCAUGACUUGGCUGAUGCUUUUUUUUGGUACUUCUGAAGGCUUAGCUUUGCAGGUGUAUUUUGCAGUGCUUAUUUUACCUCCAUAUGAAAAUUAAAAUGUAGGAGUUAAAAUAGCUUUCUCUGCCAUUUGUAAUAAGGAUUUCUUGAUUUGAAUGCUGGAGCUACACUUUUGAAUUUCAGUGUUGAUGUAAAGUGCUUUAAGAUUUUUUCCACCUUUUUGGUGAGUCACUGCUGGUGAGCUGUCCUUUUCAUUCUGUGCAAUCAAUUGUACUGCUGGUAUGCUGUUCAUAAAUACUUGUUCGAUUGUAUGAAUAAAACAGUUGGCUUGUGUAUUA